AAAGUGUCGAAAAAAGUAAAUAUUGGAAAUAUUUUGAUUUAUAUUUUUGCAGCUAUUCUUUAAUUAUUUUAUGGCCUUUAAGUGCUUCUAAAGCACAUUCUUCUUGUUAAUCUUGAUAAAGGAAAUUGCCGAGAUAAUUGUACAACAAUUUAAAUUAAUUAAGGAAAGCUUUUAAAGUUAAAAUAAUGGAUAGCGUAUCAAUUGAAGUGUCUGGGAAGAAUGUUGUAGAUGAGAAGGAACAGAUUAAGAUAAUAGAAUCAGUUCCGAAGAAAAUAACAACGUCAUUGCAGAUUCCAAAAACUGAAACAAUUUCACUCGAGAUUGCUCGGGAACAAUUAAAUAAUUUGACCAAGAAGCGAAGCAAGAAAGCAUCUCCAGUUACGUCAGAUAGUGAAAACACAUCAAUAGUAGUUGAAACUGUUAAAGAAUUAGAAGUACAGCCAAUAACGGCGAAGCAAGAAACAUUUCCAGAGAUUUUGUAUGACGGAAAGCCAACAAUGCCCAAUUUAAGUAGCGCAAUCAUAUCAAAAGAGGAACUGGAAGAUGAAAUUCGUAAGAAAAUUGUUAAAUCAGAUACACAGCAACAAGUUGUGAAUAAGAAAAGUAUAAGUUAUGAUAUUGGAUCAAUUGAAAUUCCACAAGAAUUAAUCUUAUCGGAAAUAAACAGUUCAGCAUCAUCAUCAAAGGAUAAUAGUCAAUCCAGUCAAUUAGAUGAACAGCAAUUGAUUGACAUUUUAGAAGGAAAGGAUGAUCAAAAUGAUGAAGUUGGUCAAAUAAUUGAAGUUAUUGGUGAAAAUGGAAUGUUAUUAGUUAAAGAUAAUAAAGAUGAUCAAAUGACAAGCUAUGAGAUCAUAUCCACAGAAGAUGAAAAAAUGCAAUCGAAAAAACAGAAGCUCCUCGAACGAGAAAUAGCAAUGAGACAAAUUGCAAGUAUGCCAACAAGAAAGAAUCGAAAGUUAAAAAGUCAAUUUGCUAUUCCAACAACAUCAUCAAAUGCAACUCAGAAACAAUCGUUAGUUCAAUCAUUAGCUAUGGAUUGGAAUGAUGAUGAUAAAGGCGAGGAAGUAAUAUUAGAGCUUGAGAAUAUUGAGGAAAGAGAUGGUGAACCAAAAAUAAAGAUUCUAAAUAUGACAAUUCUUAAUGAAUCAUCGGAAGAAAUAAAGUCACCGACACAGAAUAAAUCGUCACCAAAAUUGCCAACACUUCAAGUCUACAAAAAUGAACCAAAAAUCCUCAAUAAAAAUGCCCCGAAAAUUCUAAAUGUUAAUGCUCCAAAAUUGCCAGCCGAAGAACCAAAGCGUGUCAUUAGGAGAAAGACAAUUUGGGAUCCAUCUGCUGCUUCUAAAUCCCAAUCUCAAUCGCCAACUCCUCCAAUGAUUGAGAAAAAGCCAACACCAAAUAAAAUGCCAAUAAGUCUACCAUCCACAAUAACAAUCAAGAAGCUCACAAAAGAAUCACUUGCUAAAAAUGCUUUAGCUAUUGCUGAUCAAAAAGAGCAACAACAGCAACAGGCACAAGGAAGAAAAGGCAAAAAGAAAUCAGAAAUUGACAAGCUAUUCCAGGAUGAAGGAGCAGUUAACAUGAUUUACAGCUUAGAACGACAAAAUAAUAAUCGGGAUGUGCCUGAAAUAGAAGUGAAUGUUGAUCAAAAAUCAAUGAUUGAUAAGUCAGAAGAAAAGACUAAAUUAAUAGCUAAAGCAAAGACGAUUAAACAGACGAUAAUGAAACAGUCAACAUCACCUCCAGAAGCAAAAAUAACUCCAGUACGUCCACAGAGAAUUAAACGUGAUUUAACACCAAGUAAAUCUGAAAGUGACAGUUCAUCCGAGAAGAAAGGCACGCCUGAAAAGACUGUAAUAAUUACAAAAGCUCAAAAGACUCCAGUUGUUGGACGACAACGGAAAGUUGAUGAUUCAUGGGACUUUGUAAGAAAGGCACAGACAACAUGUGAUGAUGCUAUGAUUAUUAGACGUCAUUCAAACUCAUCCUAUUCGAGUUCAGCACCAACUAGUCCACGAAGAUUAAGUUUGGAUGCAGAAGAAAUUGGCAAAUUUAAGGAUGAAAGGAAUGGCUUUAAAUUUACAAAACCUCAAGAAAAAUCGCCUGAAAUUCAAAAGGAUUUAAAAAGCUGUGUUGGUGGGCUGGUUGAGGAACUUAGAAAUACACUAUCGACUAAACUCGGUAAAGGUAAAGGCACGACAGAAAAGACACUAAAAGGAAAGAAACGUACUGCUGCUGCUGCAAAUAAUAGUAAUAGUCAAGAAUCUCCACCAACAAAACAGCGUGUAAGUGAACGACGAUCAAAUGGAACUGAGAAGGAAUUCAAAAUUAUCAAGGAAGAUGCUUUAACACACAUCAUAUUGACUGCUAAUCCACUCACAAUUACUCUUCUUGGUGAAAUUAAGACACUUUUAGGACAUUUGGAAACAGACGAGAGCUGUAAAGUCGUUUUAAUUACUGCUAGUGAAGACUUUUCACAUGGACUGGAUUAUUCGACGCUCAUUCAGAAUACUAUUGACAAAAGAAAGCAAGCUGCUAGCGAUUUAGUCACUGCUGUCAAAAACUUUUUCAUAUUUUUGGCUGCAUUUCCGAAAGUAAUUGUAUGUGGACUGAAAGGAACGGUGUCAGGUAUCGCCGUAUCUAUGCUUCCAUUAUUUGAUGCAGUUAUUGCUGAAUCGUCCACAAAGUUCUCAUUAGCUCAUGGAAUGAUUGGCUCAAAUGUGGAAGGAAUUUCAAUAUUACAAGCUAGUAAUAAAAUCAAUGCCAAUAUUAUAACCGAACUUUUCUAUAUGAACGAAAUAUUGAAUGUUACAUCAGCAUUAAACUAUGGAUUAGUAUCAAAAAUUGUUCCUAAUAAUAUGGAAAGUAAUACAAAAGAGAUUUGUAUGAAAAUGUCAACGCUUUCGAGUCAAGCGUUGGAGUCAACAAAGAAUAUUUUAACGGAAGAGUUUCUCUCGUCUAUCGAUCAACAUUUGUCGAAGGAAGUGAAAAUAUUGCAACAGCAGUGGAUAAGUGCAGAAUGUCAAGAAAAAUUCAAAAAAUAUUCUUCGACUGGAUCUUGGUAGAAAUUUUUUCAAGAAAUGUCUUGAAAAGUUUGGAUUAAUUAAUUUUUUUAUUUUAUGCCUGUUAAUUUAGAAUACUUUAGUCUAGACAUUCUUUUUCACCUUUUUACGAUAGUUAAGUUUACAUAAAAAAUAAUUAAGCUUGAGUUAUAAAUUUUUUGACCUUUCAUUGUCUUUAUUAUAAACAACUUCCAAAUGUUUCUUGAAUCAUGAUUCAUGAUUUUUCUUACUUCUUAUUUCAUUAAACAAAGCAAUAUAUAUUGUUAUUCUUUUCUAUAAAAACUUAGUUAAGUUAUAAAGGAUACAAACUUUUUUUGUCAUUUUAUGAAAAACAGAUGGUACAUAUAAAUAUAUUUGAAUAUGUUUAAUAAACUGAGUUAAAAUUGAAAUUUGAUUAAUGAAUUAUAACUGUGUUUUUAUGCUUAGGAUAUCGUUUGUAAUAAUCGUUAAAUUAACGGCCAAAAAAUAUUUGAUUAAUAACUUUCAAAAAAUAUUCAAAUCUUGAAUCGGUUAUCUCAAUAUUUAAAACUUUUUUGACAGUUAUUUUUUAAAACAUAUUUUGUACGUUAAUUUUGCACAAAAUUUUGCAGCAUAAUUAAAAAUUCAGUUCAUUAUUCAGCUUGUUGCUCUCAAUUUCUAGCUUGAAUUCGGUAUAACAGUCAGCAGAUAAUCCCGUUGAUCCAACAAAGUCUUUGGAAUGUUGUCUUCAAGAACACUUCUUGGAAAGCCUGUUAAUGUCAACAUUGUCUCAAGCAAAUCCAGACCGUUCAUUAUUUCCAUCGAAAGUUCAUGUUUGGAGCUGUUUGAAUGUAAUCUUGAGUUAUCAAUUAUAAUUAAAAGUUUAAUUUAUAAAAUUACCUCAAAUUAAACUCGAGCAUUUCAAACAAGCAAGUCCCGAAUAAAUCAAUAAAAUCCAUUAGAUAAUUAUUCUCAUAAAAUUGUCUCAAAAGGGUAAUUAAACCAAGCAAGAAAACGUGUCCAUCAAUAUAUCUAUUGCUAUGAAUAAUGUCAAUUAUAUUCUUUCGGUGCUUCAUUAUUGCUGAUGCAUUUAUGCUGUUUGUCUUGUUAAACUUGAGGAGAUUUUUGCCAAACACGAGUCGAUUUAAAUUUGUUAAUACGAAAAUGACAAUAAAGUUUAAGAAUUCAUUCGAGUUUUUAGACAUUUUGAUGUAGACUUUUUCUAUAGGAUUAUAAAGACCGACCAUUUCUAGAUGCUUGUUGACUUCUAGAAGUAAUUCUAAACUUGGCUUGGGCUUAUUGUUGUCGAUUUCAUGGCACUUUAAUUCGUAUAUCAGAGCG